AUGACCUUCAAGAAUGCCCCUAUUGUCGUGCUUUGGUAUGGGAACAAGAGAAAAAAAGGCAGUAGAGGCAGCAACAGAACUCCCCUUUUCAGUAUAUGUUGUCAGCAAGGUCGUGUGAAGCUACCACCCGAACCACAUCCUCCUCAUUCAUUACCAUCACUACUCUCCAGUUCUGCCCACUUCCAGCACAACAUCCGCACGUACAACUCGAUCCUUGCAUUCACGUCUAUGGGAGCCAAAUUAGAUUCAAAAGUGAUGCACAAGGCUGGACCGUUCACUUUAAGGAUACACGGUCAGAAUGCCCACAAGAUAGGAUCAUUGGUACCAGAAGCUGGAAAACCACCAAAGUUCAGCCAACUCUACAUCUCUGAUACAACAAAUGAGGUUAAGAAUAGGAUAGCUACAGUAAAAAAAACAACAAAAGCAGGAGAACUUGAUCCUGAUAUUGUUAAACAGCUGAUUGAAACAAUGGAUGCCAACAAUUGUUUGGCCAAAAUUUUCAGAAAGGCUAGAGAUGCUCACGAACACAGCAACUGCCCAGAGUUCAGAAUAAGAUUGAUAGGUCAACCAAAACGAGGCCGUCAAUAUGAUAUGCCUACAACUGAUGAGAUAGCUGGUUUAAUUGUUGGAGACUUUUCAGAGCAUAUGGGAGAUAGGGAUAUCAUUGUUCACCAUAAAUCAGCUGGACUGCAACAUAUAAGUGAUAUGCAUCCACUCUACAUGACACUGCAGUACCCUCUUUUGUUUCCUUAUGGCCAAUCAGGGUUUCACGAGAACAUCCAAGUUGUCAACAUUGAUGGAUCCACUCGGCAAAGGUCUUACAUCACGAAGAGAGAGUACUUCGCUUACCAGCUUCAAACUCGCUUGGAAGAGGGCAUGACAAUUGUCACCUCAAAGCGAAGUCCGCGUUACAUGGCUGAGAAAUACCAUGAUGCAAUGGCUAUAUGCCGGUGGUAUGGUAAUCCUCAUUUAUUUAUUACAAUGACCACCAAUCCAAAGUGGGUUGAAAUCUCCAACCAUCUACAAAUGUAUGGGACUGACGAACCAAAUGAUCGUCCAGACCUUGAAUGUAGAGUGUUUAAAAUGAAGCUGGACGAGCUGAUGUCUGAUUUCAAGAAAGGGUUAUUUUUUCCUCGCCCAAAAGCAGAGGUCUACACCAUCGAAUUUCAAAAGCGAGGCUUGCCACAUGCUCAUAUACUACUCUGGCUAGAAGGUGAUUUUAAGAAUCCCACCAGUGCUGAUAUAGAUAACAUAAUCUCGGCGGAAUUGCCAGAUAAAGAAACAGAUCCGGAAGCUUACUGUUUGGUGGAGCAACACAUGAUGCAUGGUCCAUGUGGGAAAGAUAGACCAAGUUCUCCUUGCAUGGACAAUGGUGUGUGUACCAAGAAAUUUCCUCGGAGCUACGUUCCUCACACUCAAAUCAAUGACUCUGGUUACGUUCUGUACCGGUGGAGGCAAACUGAUCAAGUGGUCAAAAAGAAAUACAAGGCGCAUGUUAAUGUCGAAUGGUGCAAUAAGUCAACCGCGAUUAAAUACCUAUUCAAGUACAUUACUAAAGGCAUGGAUAGAGCAACGUUUGUGUUUCAAAAAGAUGGAGAUCAGAUUCCUAGCGACCAAGCAAGCACCUCACAAAAACCAAUAAACGAAAUAGACAAUUACUUGGAAGGUCGGUACUUGUCUGCUUGUGAAUCUAUGUGGAGAACUUUUAAGUUUGAUAUUCAUCAUAACAGCCCAGCAGUUCAGAAGUUUCCUGUCCAUUUACCUGAUGAACAAACAGCAGUUUACGACGAGGAUGAGGACCUAGAAGACGUGGAACGCCGAUAUACACAUGGGAGAACAAUGCUUACUGAAUGGUUUGAGAUGAACAGACUGUACGAAGAGGCCAGACAGUUGAACUACAUCCAAAUGCUUACCAUGUUUGUCUGGGAUAACUCAAACAAGCUUUACUCUAAACGGAAGAAAAAAGGAACAAUUGGCAGACUUGUGAAUAUCCAUCCCAAUGCUGGUGAUCGAUAUUACCUUAGGAUCUUGGUGAGCAUCGUAAAAGGACCUACAGGCUAUGAUGAUUUAUACACUGUUGGUGACACAAAACAUGAAUCAUUCCAAGCUGCCUGCUUAGCCAGGGGAUCGCUCGAUGUAGACAAAGAAUGGCAGGAUGCAAUGACUGAAGCAAAUCAAUGGUCUUCACCUAGCUGUCUUUGCCGGCUCUUUGUAUUGAUUCUGGUUUUCUGUUGCAUCUCAGACCCACAAAAGCUUUGGAUCAACACAUGGCAGUAUAUGUCCGAAGAUGUUUUAAGCCACCAGCGAAGGAUCCUCCGAUUCCCACAGCUUGAACUCGGUCCACAUGAACUCCAGCAGUAUACUCUGAUCGAAAUAGAGUCUCUCCUACAAAACCAUGACACAUCACUUACUGAGUUCAAGGGAAUGCCUCUUCCGAGCUAA